UUCGCACUGUCGUUGGUGCCAUUCGCUAGCUUGAACUGCUGCGGACCGAUUACCGACUAAGGCUUUUCCUCGCGACGGUGCUUUUGACAGUUCGCUUUUUGUGAGGGAAGCAUAGCACAGAGAUCACGUCACGAUUACCUGUGGCGGAUCGGAUAGCUGCCAGCCACGCGCUAAUGAGACACGAUCUUUGAAAAUUCCAUCGAUUCCAUUUGCGCGAACGUGUGUGAAAAGUAUUUACCUCCCUCAAAGCUGGGUGGAAGUGAGUGAUAGAUUCAAAAAAUUAAAGAAAAUAUCAGUACGAAAAUACAAGUGCUCAGUGAGAGUAUGUCGUGAGGUUCGACCAAACCCGGCGGAACGCAGCGUGCAGCAUCAGAGACAACAGCCCAUCUCAUAUCGAUUCGAGAUCGCGAACGGUUCGGAAGCGAAAAACUUUUACUUCUCGCGCCUUCACAAGGCCGCGCAAGUGAUCGAAGACGGGUUCGAUUUUGACGGUUUUCUGGUGUCGUGCUCUGGAGUGUGUGCGGAUAGUAUUGGAUAGUGCAAGCAGGAAAGUUCAGCACCGGCUAUUGUGAAAGGAAAAAGGUCAUAAAAAGUGUAAUUUAGCACCCAGUGUGAACUAGUGCCGAUUACUGCUGACAUACGAAGCUCAGUGCUGAGGUCUCCAGCUUGUGGCGUGCUAGGAUAAUGCUCAGCUAAGUGGCUCGCGGUUAAUCCCAGCAAGAGAACUCGUAAGAAAGUAGUUACUUUGAUGAACGUCUCGAAAAGGAUUGUGCUUUUAGAUGAUACAGGAUGCUGACAACGAUUACAUUGAUACUGGUAGGAUCCGCACUACAGAUAAGCGCACAAACUCCUCCUUCUAGAAAUGAUCUUCCAAUGCAAACCCAAACUCUGCCGACGCUGCUGCCCACCGUUCCACCCGAUCAGCUGUUCACCAUCGUACAGCCUCAAUCACCGCCUCCGGUUAUGAACUUACCUCCAUCCCCGGGAAAAGGUAUCCAGUACGAACAUUCCAUAUCACUUGGGCCCAACAGUAACUACUAUGUCUACUAUUCGGAUCAUGUUCAAAACCUAGAACCGCAGAAUUAUGUGCAACAACAGCAGCAAUCGCAAUCAUCACCCAUUUAUCAGUCUUUCGUUGGAUACUCCAACGAUCAGUCUAGUCAGAUAAUCUUCAACACGAACACUGUUCCGGUGCAGCUUGUGACACUGUUGCAACCGACGUUGGACGCUGCAGUCGCACAGGAGAACGGUGCUGUUGUAUCUCCUCCUUCUGUUACCGGCAAUCAGACAAAUACGAACUUGAAUGAGGAAGGAAUUCAAAAGUUAGUAUCUUCAACACAGAAUCUGGUGAGUAAUGAGGACGUCGUAAGUAUAAACAACGCAGAAGAAGAUCCAACAAAUGAUGAUGAUUCGAAAGAUCUCGAAAAAUUACCAGCGAAGAAAGAACAAAACGAACCAGUUGACAGCGAGCCAAGUGAAAGCCGCAAGAACGAAGAGAGGUUGACGGACAACUUGGCAGAAUCGAGUUUUACACAACCGAUUAUAGUCGGCGAAAUGUCCGAUAGUGUCGCUAGAAAUCACCGCUCAGGGAAUGGAUUGGAAAACUACCAGAAGCAGAUAAAUGUAGAAAUUAUUGGUGAAUCAGAUGACCACAAUAAAGGGCAAUAUUUGAAGGAAACCAUCUUUCCCGUUAAUCAAUUAACUUCGGAACCGUGCGAUGAUGAUCUGCAGUCCACACCCGUACUGAUCAAACACGAAGUUACCACAAUUCGACCAAUCAGUUUGACAACCAAAGGUCGAGGAACGACUGCAUCCAGGCUCAGCACCCGCUUCCGAACCACGCCAGUACAACCGCUGUCUUCGACUGCCCGUUAUUCAACGAAGGAAACCGUUACGGUAACUCCGAAACCCGUCUCCAACAAAUAUCUAGCCCCGAUCCAAGCCGGAUUGCGUCUUUCAAAUUCGCAGCAAAACAUCGAUGACUGCAUCGAUGCGAUUCUACAGCCACCUAAGCAGGAUCUCAGUGUGGAAAAGAAGACUCUUGUCGAGGUCCAGAAAAGUGUUAACAUCAAAAAUUUUCUGAUCGAUCAAGACAAACCAGCAAAGCAGCGAGAACUCGGCACUCGAACUAAAAUUGUCCAGCAACCAAUUUUUGUCGAAAAACCCGUUGAAAAAAUUGUGAAACAAAAUGUCUACAUUGAAAAGCCGGUUGAUCGUAUUGUCCAACAGCCGGUCUAUAUAGAAAAACCAGUUCCCCACCCAGUGGAUCGUAUUGUAGAAAAGAAGGUACCUGUCCCGUAUCCUGUCGAAAAGAUAGUUGAAAAACCGGUGCAAACUGUCGUUCAAGUUCCAUAUGCCGUUGAGAAACAAGUACCUGUACAUCACUACAUCGACCGUCCAGUGACACAACCUGUCCCAGUUCCAGUUCCAGUUGAAAGGAUUGUCGAAAAACCUUACCCAGUGGAACGUGUUAUCACCAAGGAAGUCCAAGUACCCUACCCCGUAACUCAAGUCGUUGAAAAAAUAGUGGAUCGUCCAUAUCCAGUUGAAAAGGUCGUUACAAAAGAAGUCCAAGUACCAUAUCCAGUUACUCAUGUAGUGGAUCGACCAUAUCCGGUCGAGGUUCCCGUCGAGAAGGUUGUAGAGAAGAUUGUCGAUCGGCCCGUUCAGACAGUGGUCGAGAAGCACGUCGAAGUUCCUGUUCCGGUAACGGUGGAGAAAGUUGUAGAAAAGUUCAUUGAUCGUCCCGUUCCUUACCCAGUUCAAGUCCCUGUAGAAGUUCCCGUUCAAGUUCCAGUCCAUUACCCGGUGGAAGUUCCUGUCGGUGUUCCGAUUCCGUAUCCAGUCGAGAAACUAAUCCCCGUUACUAUCCACGAACCGAAACCAACCCAUUCAAUCAUCAAAACCACCACCCAUGAGAAAUUGUUUGACUUACACAAAUUUUUCGGUGGUAAAAAAAAGCAUUUUAUCGAACAUAUCUUCAUCAAACCACCCCAUCAUCCGAAACCUCAGUUGAUCGAAACGAAACAUCUCCAUUAUCACAAUCAAUAUCCAAAGAAUGAUCUUCAUUUCGGAGCAUCGAUCCAGGCGCCAACAUACGUUGAUGUCGCUCAGUUCAACGUUCUGCCUCACCAUUACCCGGAAAAGCAGAAAAACAUUUACGGAACCACAUUCCUAGGUGAUGCUUUUAACGGUAAUCCCUACCAAUACCACCACAAUAGCUACGAACCGCUAAACGACCACUCACAUCACUUUGUAGGCAAAUACACCUACCAGACACCGUUGUACCAUCAACAGCAACCGAUUGGGCAGCAGAUUUACAAGGACGAUUACGUCGGACCUACCCCGCUGUUGGAGGAUCAUUGGGCCGUCAAAAGUGACGGCAAGUUCCGCCGAAGUACGGUGUACGGCAAGAGCUUACGGAUCGAGUACGGUGGUUUCAAGCCGCCACUAGUGCCAUCGGUGGAGAUCGACGAGAAUGGGAACCCGCUGCAUAAGGAGCAGAAUGCGACCUGAAGGAAAAAACGUCAUGUGGGAGGGACAACGUCGGUAGUUGGGUUUAGCGUUUGGCGCCUGUACUCACGCUGAUUUCCUGUGAGUUCGUCAGGAGCAAACCUGCGAUGAAACGAUUUAGGAUAUUAUGCUUAGUGCUAUGACCGAACUUAGGAUUAAUUUCAUUGUACACAGGAUUCAUUUGCCACACACAAAAUUCACAGCUUCUGUUAGAACUGUAUUUACUUAAUUUGUAAGUAAUUUAUUGUAAUUGUAUGAUCAUUUUCAGUAGACGACGUACUUUUAUUAUAGUUUCAAAUAUGAUAAUAAAAAUAA